AUGAACAACACACUACCAGUAACGGCGCCCACCGCGCACGCGCCCAUGCCGUCGCCGGCGCCGAAGCUUGGAGGUGCAAACAUCGCCAACCGGUGGCGCGAGCUCCAGGGCUCGGACUCGUGGGUUGGGCUCCUGGACCCGCUGGACUACGACCUCCGACAAUCCAUCAUAUCUUACGGCGAGCUCGCAUCGGCCGCCCACGACGUGUUCAACCUUGAGAAGCGGUCACCUCACGCCGGCUUCUGCUUGUACAGCCGCGACCUCCUUCUCGCCGCCUCCACCGUGACCCACCCUGAGUACUACAAGGUCACCAAGUUCCUCUACGCGACCUGCGGGGGAUCAACGGCAUCGAGGUUGGCCACAUCCGUGCCAACGGUGACCAACGCGCUGUUCGUGCAACCGCUGGGAAAGGCCGAGGGGACUCCGACGUCCAACUGGAUGGGUUACGUGGCGGUGGCGACGAACGAGGGAGUUACAGCACUGGGGAGGCGUGACAUCGUCGUGGUGUGGCGCGGCACCGAGAACGAGUUGGAGUGGGAGGAAGACAAGCACUUCCUUCAGGUGUCUGCCGCGCCGGUGUUGGGCCGCUAUGCUGACGAAGAUUACAAGAACGCCAAGGUGCACCGUGGCUUCCUAUCCGUGUACACGUCCAGUGACAACAACUCCAUGUACAACAAGACCAGCGCCAGAGAGCAGGUUCUCGAGGAGGUAGGGAGGCUAAUGGAGGAGUACAAGGACGAGGUGACCAGCAUCACCGUCACCGGCCAUAGCCUUGGAGCGUCACUCGCCACCCUCACCGCCAUCGACCUGGUGGCCAACGACGUCAACGUGCCCCCUAACUCGAAGCAACCGCCGUGCCCCGUGACAGCGAUACUGCUGGCGUGCCCGCGAGUCGGGAACCCCACGUUCAAGUCCGCCUUCGACUCAUUCCACCUCCUGCGGGCACUCCACGUGGCGAACGCCAAAGACCUCGUGCCACAGAACCCUCCCUCUGUGUUGUUAAUGUGGUACGUGGACUGCGCGACAGCAACGAUCGUAAUUGACACGGACCGGUCACCCUACGUGUUUCACAAAAUAUCGACCCACCACGUCCUCGAGUUGUACCUGCACGGUGUCGCAGGGGAUCAUGGCGACAAGGCGGACUUCAAACUAGUGGUUCCCCGCGACGUGGCGCUGGUGAACAAGACUAUCGACCUGCUGACAGACGAAUACCCAGUGCCGGGGAGCUGGUGGGUCAUUAAAAACAAAUGCAUGGUCAAGGGCACCGAUGGCCAGUGGAAACUCGAUGACUUCGAAGAAGCAUAG